AGACUACGUGUCCCAUCUUCUCGAUCGGUCUUACACAUACGGUGUCGCGGUCCUCGCAAUAGGUGGCAACAUGCUAAAAAACAAAGGUUGCUCGAGUUGUCUGGGUCCUGGCUAUAGAUCGCCAAAGGCGGCGAUGCUGGAAGGCCCGCGCGAGAAGCUCCUUUACGUCGUUUGCAUUCACACAGACCCAAAAAAAGCUGAUGUUCUAUGCACCGUCGACGUGGACCCUGAAAGCAACGAUUACUGUAAGAUUGUCCACAAACUGCGGAUGCCCCACGUUGGCGACGAACUGCAUCACUCUGGUUGGAACGUCUGUAGCAGCUGCCACGAUAAACCGUGCAAACGGGAUACGUUGGUGCUUCCUUGUUUGGUGUCGGAUCGCGUCUACUUUAUCGACACUAGCAAUGAGCGAUCCCCGUCUAUCAAAAAGGUACUGGAAGCGAGUGAAGUACACAAACAUGGAGUAUCGACUUUGCACACUUCCCACUGCGCUCCAACCGGGCAUAUCAUGAUAUCCACGAUGGGUAAACCAAACGACGAUGCCUUGGGAGAUUUUCUUUGUAUCGACGCUCAAACUCUUGAAGUAAAAGGCACGUGGACGGUCGGCGAGAAGAAAGCUGCUUUUGGCUACGAUUUUUGGUAUCAACCGUAUCAUGAUGUACUCGUUGCAUCCGAAUGGGCGGUGCCUAGAAGUUUCAAAAGAGGAUAUACUCCUGCCAAUACUGCCGAUCCUGCGAUCUAUGGCAGAAGUUUGAACUUCUACUCGUGGAGUGAACACAAAUUGAAGCAAAUAGUGAACUUAGGCGAGGAAGGAAUAGCUCCUCUCGAAGUUCGAUUUCUGCACGAUCCAAAGGCCACUGUGGGCUUCGUCGGAUGCGCGGUGUCUUCGAAUGUUUUCAAAUUCGACAAGACACCGGAAGGAAAAUGGCAUGCCAAGCUGGUCGUGAAAAUACCACCUAAGCAAGUAGAAGGUUGGCUCGGUCCAUUGAUGCCAGGAAUGAUUACCGACAUCCUAAUCAGCCUCGACGAUAAGUAUCUCUACUUAUCCAACUGGCUCCACGGAGAUGUUAGACAGUACGAUAUUUCUGACCCUGACAAUCCAAAGUUGACGGGUCAAGUGUUCCUCGGUGGAUCGAUUGUGAAUGACUCAAAAGUUCGCGUGAUUCAAGACCAGGAACUCACCAGUCAACCAGAUCCUGUUUAUGUUAAGGGUCGUCGCCUUGAUGGAUCUCCUCAGAUGCUUCAACUGAGUCUUGAUGGAACACGUUUAUAUGUGACGACGUCAAUUUUCAAACCUUGGGAUCAACAAUUUUAUCCUGAACAUGUCAAGAACGGUUCGACUAUGGUCAAACUGGACGUUGAUGUUAAAAAUGGUGGCAUGAAGCUCGAUGAACAAUUUUUGAUUGACUUUGGCGCCGACAAAGACGACAUUUUGCUCGCACACGAAAUGCGCUAUCCGGGAGGUGAUUGCACGUCAGAUAUAUGGUUACCUGAAGAUUAAACAACUUAGUUUGAUUUUUCUCAAACUGUACACAUAUCUUGAAUGGAAAUAUUAAUUGACCUAUCUUCGAAAAUUGGAUAUUGAACUGAUUUUUCACAUGAUUUCUAUUUUAUAAUAAAUUUUAUUUCUGUAAUUA